CUAAAACAAAGAGUAACAGCAGAAUCUUAGCUGGAUGCAGAUGAAGUAGAAGAAGCUCAUCUCCAUUAUCAACUAACGCUCUCUUUUAUUAGUCUUUUUCACCUUUUCACUCUCUUUCUCACUCUCUCUCUCUCUACAUCUGCAAAUACACACAGUCCCUACCAAAUCAUCUGCCAUUACUGCUUCAUCUCCAUCUCAAUCCCAUUUUUCACUUUCUCUCUCUCAAGCUGGGGAGUCCAGGUCCAGGAGGCAAACAAUGCCCACUCUCUCUUUCUUCUUGUUUUACUUGUUGUCGUUUUCGUUGCUUUCUUUGCGUUCCAGUGCUGAGACCGUUGUCGUUUCACGGCGUAGGAUUCUUCACCAGCCUUUCGUCCCUCUAGACUCGCUCCCUCCGUCGGAGCCGCCGACCCCAUUGAUAUCUAAUUCGAAUCCCAAUCCUAAAUACCCUUUUUCCACUACCCCUACUCCUCCCUCUGACGCUCCUUUCUUCCCUACUUUCGUUGCUCCGCCUCCGCCUCCUUCUCCGGCCACUUUUGCUUCUUUUCCGGCCAAUAUAUCGUCCCUGAUCUUGCCCCAGACUCCUUCUCCAAAACCUGCUUCUCAUAAGCUUGUUGCUUUAUCCAUCGCUGCUGUCGUUUCUGCUCUACUCGUACUCGCCAUUGUCGUUUUCUUCUACUGCCGCCGGAGGCGCAACCGUGACUUCGCCGACGACAAGACUUACAGAUCGGAGAAUAGUAACAGGUUGUUCCCAGCGAAUCCCGAACCGAAUGUGACUUUGGCAACGACUACGACUACGACUUCCACAAAUAAUAGAGCUCACAAGCUGCGAACUACCUCCUCGAGCUCUGAGUUUCUUUAUCUGGGUACUCUGGUCGAUUCGCGGAGAAUCGAAGAGGGAGCGGACUCGCGUAACAAUGGCGGUGAGCGUAGCCGUUUGGAUGCCCGGAAAAUGGAGUCUCCGGAGCUUCACCCGCUUCCGCCGCUGGCCCGACAGAGUUUGGCGUUAAAUUAUGGGAAUGGUGAAGUGGGUUCCACUGCUGAUGAAGAAGAGGAAGAGUUUUACUCGCCUAGAGGGUCUUUGGGUGGACGUGAAAGCUCCAUUGGUACUGGAUCGGGUUCGCGGAGAGUGUUCGCCGCUGUGGCCUCCGAAAAAUUCCCGGUAAGAACCAGUGGCUCAAGUUCAUGCUCAUGCUCAUCGUCGAGUUCAGCUUCGCCUGAUCGUUCACAUUCAAUUUGUUACUCUCCCCCUCUUGGCUCGAGUCCCGUAAGACCAGAAUCGUUCAAGUCGCCCGAGUCUUCAGAUUUGCCGGCUACUCCUUCUCCUCCACCGCAAUUGCAUUAUACGAAGUCGUUGGUCAAUGAAACAAAUGUUCUUUCGCCGUCGUUGUCCCCGGAGAGAGUAUCCAAUGUGGAGAAGAAUUCAGCUGAAUCGACACCACGAGUAUCCAAUGUUUCCCAUCAAAAUGUACUGUCUCCUUCGCUGUCUCCACUGUCAACUGUUCCAGAUAUAGCUCUGAACGAAUACCCAGGUGGCUUUGAUGGAAUUAGACAGUCUCCAUUACUGUCUUCGGCUUCUUCGUCGCCAGUCAGAGGCUUGGAGAAGAACCCAGAUGCUGCGUCCCCAACGGAGUCGGCUGUUUCGGGUCGAAAACAGCAAUCUUGUUCAUCGUCUUUAUAUUCAUCGUCACCGGAGAGAGUUGUUGAGGAUUACACAGAAGAAUCUCCUAAAGUAUCGAAUGCUUCUGAGAAGAAAUGGCAGCUUCUUUCACCGUCUCCACCUUCCCUGUCGCCGGAGAGAGAAGUAGCGAAAAUCCCAGAUGAUGCUUCUGCUGCACUUCUAUUUGAUUUGGAUCCACAUAUGGGAUCUCUUUCACCAUCUUUGUCUCCGAUGAGAGGUGUGGAGAAGAAUCAAGAUGCACCACCUAGAGUAUCAGUUGCUUCAGAUCGAAAACGUCUGUCUCCAUCACCAUCUUUAUCUUCUUUAUCAUUAUCAGAAUCUGAGGACGACGCAGUAAUGGAGAAUUAUGCAAAGAAUUCUCCAAAAUUACCAAACGCUUCUGAUAAUAACAGUCAGGUUACUUCAGCGUCGACUUCGCUUUCCUCAUCUCCAGAGAGAGACUUACCAAAUAACCCAGAUGCAUCACCAAGAAGUUCUGACGCUUCUGAUGGUUUGUUAUACGAUUUGGAUCUUACUAGGCGGUCUCUUUCUUCUUCUCCUCCCUCUUCAUCACCAGAGAGAGAUAUCCUUCACAAUUCAGAUGAAUCACCAAGAACAUCCAAUGACUCUGAUAAAAUUGUUGAGCCUUUAGUGGAAACUAUCAGUACUCUUAAGCCGCAGCCUCUUACAGUUCCGCCGCCGCCGCCCCCGUUGCCACCACCGCCUCCAUUUUCACUUAGACAGUUGGAAGCUCCAAUUCUUGCAACUCCUACUGGCCAACCCAUCUCUAAGCCUCCUGUUCUUACACCACCUUCGAGGCCUUUUGUGUUUCAAAACACAUCAAAUGUUUCUAUUUCUCCAAUGGAGUUGCCACCAAUUUCUAAUUCCGUGGAGAAUGAAGAGGAGAUCACAAAGCCAAAGUUGAAGCCUUUACAUUGGGAUAAAGUUAGAGCUAGCUCUGAUCGUGAAAUGGUGUGGGAUCAGCUAAGAUCAAGCUCAUUUAAGUUGAAUGAAGAAAUGAUUGAGACAUUGUUUGUUGUGAACACCCCCAACUCAAAACCAAAGGAGACAACUCCACGCUCAGUUCUUCCUUCGCCAAAUUCAGAAAAUAGAGUGCUUGAUCCUAAGAAGUCACAAAAUAUUGCAAUUUCGUUGAGGGCACUCAAUGUGACAAUUGAGGAAGUCUGUGAAGCCCUUAUAGAAGGCAAUGCUGAUGCACUCGGGAAUGAGCUGCUUGAAAGUUUAUUGAAGAUGGCUCCAACAAAAGAAGAGGAACGUAAGCUGAAGGAUUACAAAGAUGAUUCACCAGCCAAGCUUGGCCCUGCCGAGAAAUUUCUGAAGGCAGUGCUUGAUGUACCCUUUGCAUUCAAAAGGGUCGAUGCAAUGCUUUACAUUGCUAAUUUUGAGACUGAGGUUGACUACCUCAAGAAGUCUUUCGAGACUUUAGAGGCUGCCUGUGAAGAACUGAGGAACAGUAGAAUGUUUAUGAAGCUCCUAGAAGCUGUACUAAAAACUGGAAACAGAAUGAAUGUUGGGACCAACCGUGGUGAGGCUCAUGCAUUCAAGCUCGACACACUUCUCAAAUUGGUCGACGUAAAGGGAGCUGAUGGAAAAACCACACUUUUGCAUUUUGUUGUACAAGAAAUCAUAAGGACUGAAGGUGCUCGUUUCUCUGGUUCUAACCAGACUCCAAGCUCUACUUCAAGUGAAGAUGCCAAGUGCAGGAAGCUUGGCCUCCAAGUUGUUUCUAGUCUCAGUUCUGAGCUCGCCAAUGUGAAGAAAUCUGCAACCAUGGAUUCUGAUGUGCUUAGCAGUGAUGUGUCCAAGCUUUCUAGAGGAAUCAGCAACAUAAGGGAGGUUGUGCGACUAAAUGCGACGACAGGGUCAGAUGAAAGCUGCCAAAAGUUUUCCGAAUCAAUGGAGAGAUUCAUGAAAAUGGCUGAGGAGGAAAUUUAUAGAAUUCAAGCUCAAGAAAGUGUUGCCCUGUCUCUUGUUAAAGAGAUCACCGAGUAUUUCCAUGGAAACUCUGCUAAAGAAGAAGCUCACCCUUUCAGAAUCUUCAUGGUGGUGAGGGAUUUUCUUACUGUCUUAGAUAGGGUCUGCAAGGAAGUGGGUAUGAUCAACGAGAGAACAAUCGUUAGUUCUGCCCAUAAAUUUCCAGUUCCAGUGAAUCCAUUGCUGGCGCAAGUUUUACCUGUACCUGUACCGCCCAAUAGGCGGCACCACAGUUCAUCUGACGACGAGUGCACAUCUCCUUAGUAUAUGUGUCUCAUUUCAUGUUAGCAUUUUUGUUGCUUAGCAAGAAACUGCCUGAAAUCUGAGGUAGUAAAAGAUGUUGCCAGGUCUUUAUAUAUAAAUAUUAUAUAUUGUCUUUUUCCUUUUUCUUCCCUUCCCAGAUUUGUACCUGUACAAAAGUCCCAUGUAAAAGAUUGAGUUCCUUCUAUAGAUAAUAUACAUAGCAGAUUUUGUUUUGGUAGAAUUAGCUGUACUUGUAUGUGGAACUAGUCGGAUAUGUACCCUGUGAAAACUUGAAUAUAUAGAUAGAAACGCUGCUAUUGUUUAAAGCGCGCUUUGCAAUUAAUCGAGAGUAAUGAAACCAAAGAUAAACAUACUA